AUGAUUCGCAAUUCUAGGGACGAGGGGCAGGGUCUCCUUAUCAAAGGCCUUUCACGAACUGCUCUACAACAAACUCUACUCACGUUUGAUUCAACGCAAUCUCAGCCUGUCAUGGCCUCCAACCUCGUCGAGCUCGUCAACGAAUACUACGAGGCCAGAAAACCCUACACUCAGAUGCUGCGAGAAGCUCAUGCCAGCCUAUCUACUAAACACUCCUCCCCCAAAACCGACACAUCUACCGCUGAAGCCAUUGACAUGGUCCAAUCUCAGCAAGAGUCGCCGUUCUCAACUUCCCCCAGGAUACCAAACGAAGAGAUGAGGGACGUUUUGAAAAGGCUGGAGGCUACCAAGAUCGAGUAUGCGCAGGGAGAUAAGUCUACGGGGAAGGCUUCUGCGGAAAAGAAAUGA